AUGUAUGGAGGAGGAGGAGUAGGCGGGACCCAGAGCAAACGCGACCUGGCAUUGGAGUACCAGUCUCAGAUAUCCGUUUUGCGGCCGAGCAUCCGCGCUAUGAGGGCCAACAUUACCGUCAAAUUCCAGGAUCUCUACGGAUUCUUCGUCGAAGGUAAUGUGGAUGAUGUGAACGUGUUGAAUGAGGUACGGGAGAAGGCGAGGCAACAGGGACGGGUGUGGUGGGCUUUGGAGGCGAGCAAAGGCGUAAAUUGGUAUCUGGAGACACACGUCUCCUCCACCCUCAAAUCCUCCCUUAGAUUCUCAGCCUUGGUCAAUGCCGUCACUCUAAAGAGGCUCAUCUACAAGGGCAUCCCUCUUAAUCUCCGCCCUAAGGUUUGGUUUGCACUGUCCGGGGCCGCCAAGAAGAAAUCAACUGUUCCAGAUAGCUAUUACAAUGACCUCAUCACUGUUGUUCAAGACAAGGUUACCGCUUCCACCAAGCAGAUCGAUCAUGACCUGCCGAGGACUUUUCCCGGUCACCCAUGGUUGGACACACCUGAGGGGCAUGCCGCUCUGAGACGCGUUCUUGUAGGUUAUUCAUUCAGAGAUUCUGAUGUUGGUUACUGUCAGGGUUUAAAUUAUGUUGCUGCAAUGUUACUGCUUGUGAUGAAAACUGAAGAAGAAGCUUUCUGGAUGCUUGCUGUGCUCCUAGAAAAUGUGUUGUUUAAUGAUUGCUACACGAGCAACUUGUCCGGAUGUCAUGUUGAUCAAAGAGUGUUCAGAGAUCUCCUAACCAAGAAAUGUCCAAGGAUAGCUGCUCAUUUGGAAAUUUUGGAGUUUGAUGUUUCACUUGUCUGCACCGAAUGGUUUAUAUGCCUCUUUUCCAAAAGUUUGCCUUCAGAGACAACCCUACGUGUUUGGGACAUUCUUUUCUAUGAAGGUGCAAAUGUUCUAUUCAAUGUGGCAUUAGCAAUUUUUAAGAUGAACGACGAAGAGUUGCUUAUAACAAAUCAGGUUGGUGAUGUGAUUAAUGUAAUACAAAGAACUACACAUCACCUCUUUGAUCCUGAUGAACUAUUAACGGUUGCCUUUGACAAGAUAGGGCUUAUGACAACCACCACUUUAUCAAAGCAAAGGAAGAAGCAAGAGCCGGCGGUCAUGGCAGAGCUUGACCAGAGAUUAAAACGACUAAAUUCCAGUAAUGGAGAAGAGAAAUGA